AUGGAUCAGCUGGACGUUAAAACAUCUGAUGUUCCAUCCGGCGCCGCUCUAUGCCGGGCUCCUCCGAGAUGACGGAAGAAAAAGGCACUCCGGAGUUAGAAGCUUUCUUCAACAGAGCAACUAAACACGUCGCGUUAAAGUUGGCGGGGGAUCUCGACAACGCUAGCCUCCUGUCUUUAUAUGCAAGAUACAAACAGGCCACCGAGGGUGCCUGUAACACCGAGCGGCCAAAUGGUUGGUUCGACUCGAAGGGCAAACAGAAAUGGGAUGCCUGGAAUGCAUUGAAGGAGAUGUCCAGAUCCACGGCGAUGGAGGAAUAUGUCGCCAUAGUAGAAAGUAAAGAUCCAGACUUUGCGGAGUUGAAGCACAGUGUCGAACUCGACAAAAGUGGGCAAUUCGGCAUGACCGUCAGCACCUUGCGACAUUCCAUGGAAUCGACGAAGGACGAUGAGAAAACGGUCUUCGACUGGGCGAAAGAAGGCGAUGCGUCGGAGGUCGAGAAGCGUUUGUCCUCGACUGAGAGGCUUCCUCAAGAUGACGAGGGCCUCUCGCCACUUCAUUGGGCCAGCGAUCAAGGUCACGUGGACUUGGUGAGGUAUCUAUUGCGGAAGUUCCCGGACGACGUGAACGUGAGAGACAAGUCCGGCCUGACGGCUCUUCAUUACGCGUGCUGUUGUGACUACGCUGAAAUCGCACAAAUCCUCCUCGAGCACGGAGCCGACCCAAGCCUGAAAGACGCUGAUGGUUGCGACUGCACAGCUGACAUUAAAAGACUUUUACCCUCGGACGAGCCAGUUGCGAAAUAAAAGAAUAUACAGAUUUU